AUGGACAGGCGCAGCAGAGCCCGCGCCAGUGCCGGCAUCUCCACCACCACCAGCGCACCAUCAUCAUCAUCACCACCAGCAGGCUCAGCACGAAAGCGCCCAGCACCACCAUCAACAGAGCUCUCGAGCGCCAAAAAGCGCAAACCCCCCACCACCACCUCUUCAUCCACCUCCUCCUCCACAGCAGCCGCAACACCAUCCUCAAAGCGCCACCCAACCGCUCCAACCCCAUCAUCAAAGCGCCAAUCCACCGCCACCAAACCGCCACCCACCACCACUGCAGCAGCGCCAGAAAGCAGUCAUGUGCGCCUGCACAUCGUGUACAACUUCGGGCAUGUGACGACCCACGAUGUGCCUUUGCGCACACGGCUGACGGAGCUGUUUGCGCUGCACCAUGCGGCGGGGGGGCGUGCGCCAGGGCGCGGGGUGGUGCUGCGGCAGACGGGGGGUGAGGUUGUGGUUGGUGGUGGCAGGUACUGGGUUGUGGGUGACAGGGGGGAGGGGAGAAAGACGGUGGGGUGGGAGUGGGGGAGGUUUGGCGAGGGGGUAAGGGUUGGUGAUGCCGGGUGGGGGUUGGUGGGGGGAGUGGGAUGGGUGGCGUGUGUUAAGGUUGUGGGGAGGGGGAAGGGGGGGGAGGAAAGUGAAGGGGAGAGUGAGGGGGAGGACGGGGAUGGGGAUGGGGGGGAGGAGGAGGAGGAAAAGGAGGAUGGGGAGGACGAACAAACCGACGAGACUGGCGGAAAUGGUGACGAGGAAGAUGGGGAGGAUAAUGACGAAGAUGAUGAAGAAGAGGCCGAGUCGGACGACAGCGACGAGUUUGACGACGAAGAAUAG